AUGGCGACUCCGGUGCUCGGCUAUACUGAGAUGAUGAUACUCAUCUGGGUCAUGUGGGGAGCCGCCUUUGGAAUGACAGUCUUUCGAGGCAGCUUCCAAUGGAUCCUCCAGCGGCGCCUCUUUGCCGACGACUACUUCAUCAUCGCGGGCUUCGUCACUCUGACGGCCUUGACUGCAGUCAUCACUUGCAUGCUGCCGCAGUUCUACCUCGCCGGCGAGUAUACCAAGGCGGCUGCUAAGGAUCCUCUGGCACCUUUGCCUCUUGCGCCCGAAGAGUUCAUUGGCAGGACGAUUGCAUCCCUCAAGUUGAUGUUCUGCCAGAUGCUGCUGUUCUGGACGACACUGUGGGCCGUCAUGAUCCUACCUCUCAACCUUCUACGCAAGCUGAGCACCUCCCCAUCCCACAAGUUCGGCCUAGCUAUCCUCUUCUCCCUCGGUGGCAUCAUCGUAGCCUUUGCCAUCGCGCGGCUCGCGCAGGUGACGAAAGCCACCGGCGACGCAGCAAAGGACCCAACAACGGUGGCCAACGGGCCAGUGCUCCUGAGCAUGUGGAGCCACAUUGAGUCGUCCGUCAGCAUCAUCGUCGCCACGCUUCCCGCCUUCCGCUUCCUGCUCAGCAAGAACAGAAACACAACGAGGAAGACGACGGCAAAGUACGUGGGUCCUACGAUCGGGGGCUCGGGCGGCAUGUCGCUGCGGUCGAGGAAGUGGCAGAAGGGCGCGGUGCGGCUGGAAGGCGACAGCGAUGGGCGCGUAUCCUCGGCGCAGGACAGCGAGACGGAGCUGCGGCUGGUGAGGGGGAUACAGAAAGAUUUCGAGUACAAGGUUGAGCAGUCGCCUGCGGACUCGUCUGCUGGGGAGACGAGGCGGAAGACUCAGGAGUUAUUUGCUUGA